AAACACUCAUAAACUAGAGCGACUGAGAGCAACCACAGUACCCGCCGACGAGCCAGAAGAAGAUGCUAUCAUUCUAUUACCACACUCGUCGGCGUUCUCUUCUCACUUUGCUCCGGCGCCGUCACCUUUCUUUUUCUUAUUUUUCUACUUCGUCCAAAGUUCCUCUUCUUUGGAAAUCUGAAAUCACUGACUCUUCCGAAUCAAUCACCACCGUCCAAUUAUAUUCCUGGGGCCGUGGUGCUUCCGGCCAAUUAGGUGGCGGUAUUGAAGAAAUACGAAUUUAUCCUUCUCCUGUUGCCUCAUUUUCACUGCCUCCCACUUUCCGUUUAUCUUCUCCUAUUCCUGGUCGUCUUCCUUCAUCUAAUAAUUUGGGAAAUGCUGACGUGGAAAUAGGAAUUUCAUGUGGACUUUUCCAUUCAGCUUUAUUGGCUGAUGAGAAUUUAUGGAUUUGGGGAAAAGGUGAUGGAGGUCGUCUUGGUUUUGGUCAUGAGAAUCCUGUUUUUGUUCCUACUCUGAAUACUAAUUUGGAGUCGGUGAAAAGCGUUGCUCUUGGGGGGCUUCAUUCUGUUGCACUUAACUCUCUUGGUCAGGUCUUCACUUGGGGUUACGGUGGCUUUGGUGCUCUUGGUCAUACAGUUUAUCAUAGAGAGCUGGUUCCUAAAUUAGUUGAGGGCUCUUGGGAUACAGAAAUCUGCCAUGUUGCAACCAGUGGGACACAUACAGCUGCUAUAACAAAGUCAGGUGAGCUUUAUACUUGGGGCCGAGAUGAAGGGGAUGGUCGAUUAGGCCUUGGUCCAGGUCGAGGCCCAAAUGAAGCAGGUGGUCUUAGCAUCCCUUCAAAGGUAAAAGCACUUCCUGUGAGCGCAGCUGCUGUUUCAUGUGGUGGGUUUUUCACAAUGGCGCUUUCUGAAGAGGGAGAGCUUUGGAAUUGGGGAGCGAACUCUAACUAUGAGCUUGGAAGAGGUGACAAAUUAGGUGGUUGGAAACCACAACCAGUUUCAAGCCUUAAAGGUGUUCGUGUUAUUCAGAUAGCUAGUGGGGGAUAUCAUUCUCUAGCUUUGACUGAGAAGGGAGAAGUGCUUUCUUGGGGUCAUGGAGGCCAUGGUCAACUAGGUAAUUCUUCUCUUCACAACCAGAAAGUUCCUAUUCCAGUUGAGGCUUUGACCCAUGAGAAAGUCAUCUAUAUAGCUUGUGGAGGUUCAUCGUCGGCAGCUAUAACUGAUGGUGGGAAGCUAUACAUGUGGGGCAAUGCACAAGAUUGUCAACUGGGGGUUCCCGGACUGCCAGAGAAACAGUUAUCUCCUGUUGAAGUCAAGUUUCUCAUGGAGGAUGAUGGACUUGGGAGCCAUAACGUGCUUUCAGUAGCCAUUGGUGCUUCUCAUGCUAUGUGCUUGGUCUCCAGGUCAGGUCACUGAAAGGUUGAAAAGAUUCACUUUGGUUCAAGCAAUUUUAUAAGGACUCAAUAGAGAUGGAGCAGUUAUCUGCAACAUUUUAUUCCAUAAAAUACCAGUAAAAUUUAGAGUUUAGGCCUUCGCGGAAGCUGAUAGUUCCAGGAACUUUAUUUUUACCUGUCAAGAGAUCUCACAGUUGAGUUUUUUCUUUCCUAGUACUCUGAAAUAAAUGUUGAGCUGCUUGUUAGUCUCCAAAGCAGCAACAAGGAUUAGGAGACUAUACGUGUGCCUUUCACAGGCUUAUCAUUGCUCACAUUAGGUUUAUAACAAAGCAGCUUUUGAGCUCUGAAUGUUGUAACUUGUAAAGAAAUAACCAGACUCUUGUUAGAAAAUGUUUUGCAUCCUCUUGAUUA